UUUUUUUUUUUUUUUGGUGUGUGCGUGUUGUGUCGCUGUUGUCGUUUCGCCGCCGCACGAAGCCGCCACGGAGCGGGGCUGGCGGCAGCGCGGGGGCUCGGCGGCACCGGGCACCGGCCUUUCCGCGCCAGCCCCCAUUUCUCUCUGUUUCUGUUAUUAAAGCAUUAUUAUUGUUAUUCUGUCCCCGGCGCAACCGCGAAAGGGCUAGUGCGUUUUGCAACCUGUGGCGGGGCUGCGCCGUGAUCUGUCAAGCCCCGGGCUAAGAGCGGGCGGUGAUGGAGAAGACUUGCGGCAUUUCCCUGCCCGGGGAAGGGGGGAGCCCGCGGGGAGGCUCGGCCGCCGCCGGCUGCCGGCCCCGGAGCACCGCGGAGUGCCGGCCCGGGGCGGCGGGGACCGCGCUCGCCUCGACGGUGCGUGCGGGGCGGCUGCCGGCCGGGAACGCAACCGCGACGCAAAACUCGCGAAGGGGCAAAAGUGUAUGAAGCGACUCUGAAUAUCACGCGUAGGGCUGAAAAUAAUAAUAAUAAUAACACCACCACCACUACCACCCGUGGGGAGGAGUGGGCGUCCCCCGCCGGGAGGAAGGCGGCGGGCGGGAGGAAGCGGAGCGCAGCCGUGCGAGGGAUGCGAGGGACGGGGUCCGGGGCGCGAUGCGUGCGGAGCCCCCCGCUGCCCCCAGCGCAGCCCUUGCCCUGUGUUUACUACCGCGGCGGACUUGGCGCGGGGACAGGCGCUCGUAAAUCUGCCGCCGGCAGCCGCGGGGCUGGCCCCCGGCCACACGCUAUUCCUGGAGCGAACGGCCGCGGGGAGCCGCGCAACCCCCGCGCCGCUCGCUGCGGCCCCGAAACCGCCGCGAGCGGGCGGCGAAGACAGAGCGCUGUUUUGGUUUGUUGGGGUUUUUUAAUGCUUUUUAUUAGACUCAAGAUGGCCUCGCCGGCAGACAGCUGCAUCCAGUUCACGCGCCACGCCAGCGACGUCCUCCUCAACCUCAACCGCCUUAGAAGCCGGGACAUCUUGACCGAUGUUGUCAUCAUCGUGAACCGGGAGCAGUUCAGAGCCCACAAAACAGUCCUGAUGGCCUGCAGUGGCCUCUUCUACAGCAUCUUCACUGACCAGCUCAAGUGCAACUUGAAUGUUAUCAACCUGGAUCCUGAAAUUAACCCUGAGGGGUUUUGCAUCCUCUUGGACUUCAUGUACACCUCCCGCCUGAACUUGAGGGAGAACAAUAUCAUGGCUGUGAUGGCCACAGCACUCUACCUGCAGAUGGAGCACGUGGUUGACACCUGCCGAAGGUUUGUCAAGUCUAGUGAAGCAGAGAUGGUGUCUGCUGUGAAGACCCCAAGGGAAGAGUUUCUGGCUGGACGGAUGCUGGGCCACCCAGAGGUGAUGGCUUAUAGGAGCAGAGAUGUCUCAGAGAACGGAAUGCCUCUCCAAAACGGGUCCCUCUGCAACGGGAGGGCCUUUGCACCCGGCUUGAUCAACAGUUUGUCUGGAUCCCCCAUUUCCUACCAUGGAUACAGCCCUCUCCCUCUAAAUAGCUUCCUGGUGGAUGAUGAGUUGCGGGAGAUGAGGAUGCCUCUCUCUGAACUCUCAAGGGCAGGUGCCUUCCCCAAGGAGAGGAUCCUGCCGUGCGACAGCUCCAGGACAAUCCCCACUGAGUACGUGAGAACCAUCACCGACAUCUCUGCCAACAUGUGCCACGCUACCAUCUAUGCUCCUAAAGAAGGUGCUGCUGAAGAAGCCAGGAGUGACAUGCACUACAGCGUGGCUUCUGGGCCCAAACCUGUCAUCCCCUCAGUCCGGAACAACCCCUACUUCCCCUGCGAUAAAGUGGCCAAAGAGGAGGAGCGGACCUCUUCAGAGGACGAGAUCAGCCAGCACUUUGAGCCCACCAACACACCCCUGGACCGCAAGGGACUCAUCAGCCCUCAGAGCCCCCAGAAGUCAGACUGCCAGCCCAACUCACCAACUGAAUCCAGCAGCAGCAAGAAUGCCCGUAUCGGCCAGAACUCCAGCUCCCUCUUCACCAAGAGCCCCACAGACCCCAAAGCCUGCAACUGGAAGAAGUACAAGUUCAUUGUCCUCAACUCUCUCAACCAGAACACCAAGCAAGACAGCGCUGACCAGAACGAGAUGGGAACCCUCUCUCCUCGCACCUAUGUGCCCAUGUCCACUUGCCAGCAGUCCAUGGAGCCGGAGCAUCUCAAUGUGCAAUCCCCCACCAAGAUAAGCGUGAAUGGUGAAGACUCUACAAUCCCACAAGCGAGCAGACUCAACAAUAUUGUUAACAGGUCCCGGGAUGGGUCCCCUCAGAGCAGCGAAGGGCAGUCCCCACUGUACAUGCAUUCAUCAAAGUGCAGCUCCUGUGGUUGCCAGUCCCCACAACAUACUGAGAUGUGCCUUCAUACCCCUGGCUCAAACUUUGGAGAAGAGAUGGGGGAAACCCAGUCUGAAUACUCCGACUCCAGCUGCGAGAACGGAGCCUUCUUCUGCAACGAGUGUGACUGCCGGUUCUCCGAGGAGGCCUCUCUCAAGAGACAUUCUCUGCAAGUCCACAGUGACAAGCCCUACAAGUGUGACCGCUGCCAGGCCUCCUUUCGCUACAAGGGGAACCUCGCCAGCCACAAAACCGUCCACACAGGAGAGAAGCCGUACCGCUGCAACAUCUGCGGGGCACAGUUCAACCGACCAGCCAACCUGAAAACCCACACACGCAUCCACUCUGGGGAGAAACCCUACAAGUGUGAGACCUGUGGGGCCAGAUUUGUCCAGGUGGCCCACCUCCGUGCUCACGUGCUCAUUCACACCGGGGAGAAGCCGUACCCCUGUGAGAUCUGCGGCACACGCUUCCGGCACCUGCAGACCCUCAAAAGUCACCUUCGAAUCCACACAGGAGAGAAACCCUAUCAUUGUGAGAAGUGCAACCUGCACUUCCGCCACAAAAGCCAGCUGCGGCUCCACCUGCGGCAGAAGCACGGGGCCAUCACCAACACCAAGGUGCAGUACCGCAUCUCGGCCAGCGAGGUGCCCCCGGAGCUCCCCAAGGCCUGCUGAAGGCACAGGAUUGCCCAGGAGGAGCUCGUCUUGGGGGGCAUGGCGGGGAGCAGCUGUCCAAAGGAUACUUGCAACACUUUAAAAAAAAAAAAAAAAAAAAGAGAGAGAGAGAAAAAAUAUUCAUCACAUGAUGGAGUGCCUCUAAACCCAUAGUACAGAUAGGUGGAAAAACAUUAGAAAUUAAAAAAAAAAAUUACAAAUACACGGGUUUUAUUUUUCCCAGUUAUGUGAAACAAAAUGAAAAAAUAAAAUUAUUCAGAUCUUACUGUAUAUAAAACAUAAAAAAAUUUAAAAUAGUCAUUUUAAAUGUCUGUGCAGUGGAGUGUUGAUAAACUCUGGAGUCUAACCUUCACAGCCUUUGCAGUUUGAAGAUGAGGAAUGUAAUGUUGAUUUAUGGGAACAGAUUUUUUUCUUUUGUAUGCAAAAUGUGUGUUCUUUUAAAGAGAAAGUAUGCUAUUAAAGAGAGGGCUUUAACUUUUUUAACCAAAGGUGAAGGAAUCUAUGGCAGAGUUGUAAAUAUAUAUAGAUAUAAAUAUAUAAAUAUAUAUAUAAAAUAAAUAUAUAUAGACCUUUAAAAAAGCUAUAUUAAAAAUAUAUAAAAUGCAUUAAAGGCUCAGUUGGACUCUGCAGGCAGAAGCCACUCUGAGAAUCUUUAUUAUGAUAGAGCACUUAAGGAGAUAUUUUAAAGUAUUGCAUCUGUACAAGUAAGAAAAUAUUUUGUCUAAAUGCAUCAGUGUAUUUGUAUUUUUUUGCAAGUGAAGGUUUACAAUUUACAAAAAAGUGUGUAUUAAACCAACAAAGCUGCAGAAGGAAUUUAAAAUAAUAAUAAAGUGUAAUUUUUUGUUCUAGUUCUCAGUCUGUAUAUAUGUAAAAUGUGGUUUCGCACGGUGCCUUUCUUUUCAAUGGAAGUUUUCAGUGUAUGGACUAUAUUGAGCUCAGUUUCUUCAAGGUACAGCCUGAUGUUGCAAAAGGAGUUUUGGUGGAACUCUUAAGUGGGGGAAUGUUUUAUUUUUUUUUGUUUUGGAUUUUUUUUUUGGUCUUAUUUUACAUGCUUGUGUUAUAAACAAUCUCGGGAGACAGGGUUUGGGCUGUGUCUAAACUGCAUUAAUGCGUUCUGUAAAAUAUAGCUGUACAAAUAAAAGAAUAAAAUGAAGAAAAGUGAUGUA